UUGGCCGUUGCUAUUGCUAACAGGUCGGCCGCUCUUUUCCACUUGAAGAGGUACAAUGAAUCACUGAUUGAUAUAGAUUUGUCUCUUAGCAAAGGCUAUCCCCAACAUUUACUCUUCAAGCUCUAUGAAAGAAAGGGUGAUUGUUUGAAAAUUCUUGCAAGUUCCUGCAAGGUGUCCUUCAGGGAAGAUAUGGGCAGGCACAUAAGAGCUGUGAGAGAUAUUAUGCCUGGGGAGAUUGUACUAAUCGAAAAACCUUUUGCAUCAGUUCUUGUUCCUCAACAGUACUGGAUGCGUUGUAAUGUUUGCUUGAAACCGACAGUUAACUCGCUACCAUGCCCCAAUUGUGUUAAUGUCAUCUUCUGCUCUGAAGAGUGCUGCAAAGAAUCGCAGAAAAGUUUUCACAGGUUUGAAUGCAAGAUAUUAGGCUACUUCAAAUUGCUGGAGUUGGAUAGGUUUGCACUUCUUGUUUUGAGGACGAUUCUGACUCUGCCUGCCAACACCGUGAUGAAUUACACUAAAUCAAAAAUGAGCAGUCGCUACAGUAAAAGUAAAAAAAUAAUUUUAAAUGAUAAAAAUCAGUAUUCCUGGGAUGACUACAACACCAUCUGUGACCUGGUCACUAAUGAAGAUAAGAAAACAGCGAAAGAGUUAUUUUCGAAAUCAAUAAAAUCUUUCAUGCUGCUGAAACUGCUAGAGCAGACUGACUACUUCAAUGAUAUCCCAGUAGAAGACCUACCAGCUGUGAAGAUACAAGCAACCACACAAAUGCUAAACCACUUACUCUCAUUUCCAUGCAAUGCGCACGAGAUCUUUGAAAUCAGACUGGACCCAUCGUCGGUGGCUGCCUCUGUAUCAUCGGAGGUUGGAGCCGGCAUUUACUCAACACUCAGUCUCUUCAACCAUUCGUGUGAUCCACUUGUAACCCGAGUAUUUUAUGGUGAUGUAUGCGUUGUUAGAGCUAUGGGUCUCAUAAAAAAGGACGCUGAAGUCACAGAUAACUAUGGUGCUGUCUUCCAAAUGUCACAACUUGAUCUGAGACAAGUGCAGCUCUCACAAUACUGCUUCAAAUGCACUUGUGACGCUUGCAAGUAUGAUUGGCCUCUAUAC